AUGGACACAUCGUUGGGAACUUCUUUAAUAGAUAUAGAUCUUGAUCUAGAUGGUAUUAACGGUCCACCCAAUUUCCCCGGAUGGAUUACAGAUGUUCUAGAUAGAGCUUUGAAUGCAGGUUCUGGUAGAUCGAAGCCAGCAUCCGAGAAGGCUAUUGCUUCUUUGCAAACUUGUGAUUUGAAUUCAUUGGAGAAUAAAGAAUGCCCCAUUUGUUACGACCCAUAUGAUGUUGUAACUGACAAGAUACCAGGUGAAGACGCUAAGGAGGAUUCAUCAGCUCCUAAAUUUAUGAGACAAGGUCACAAUGACGAGCUCAUUGACGAAAUUAAUAAUAAAUAUAACACCAAUCUAAUCAAGAACAACCAGUCCAGGCAAUUUAAUGAUCCAUCACUAUUUUUCCCAGUAGAUCAAGCAGCACUGGCAUAUUCCAGAUUUCCACAAAGAAGCUUACAUACUUUACAAACCCCUACCAAAGAAGAUAUUUUACCUGGGUACGAAGAAGUUUCAAAGUCCAAGCUGAAAUACAAUCAAGAUGAUACAAACGAAAAGCUCAAGAAUGACGGUCAUAUACCAGUGAAGAUGCCUGACUGUGAUCAUAUAUUCGGUAAGACUUGUAUAGUAGAGUGGUUGAAAAGCAAUGUUAGUUGUCCUCUAUGCAGAAAGGAGGUAGAAGAAUCAAAGCCAAAGGAUCCUAAACAAAUCAAACUAGAAAGAUUGAAAAAUACAAUAACCAGCCACCACAACAACAGAAAUGAAAUGUUGGAUCAUUUAAUAGAUCAUUCUACUGAUGUAUUCAACCCUUUCAGAAGAUCGUUCAAUCCAUUAAUUACACCAUUGACUGACACUUAUAUGAGCCAAAAUUAUGCUAAUAGUACUUUUACGUUACCUGGUGGUACUGUACCAACGGUCAAUGUGAGAGAACCCAAUUUAGUUUUACCAGGUAGAUUUCCUAUUUCAGACUUGACACCACCACCUAUUACUAUAGCCAGAGUUUUUAAUUCCAAUAUAGACCACAGAAGAGUCAGAAGGAGACCAAAUACUUUUGAAAAUGAAGGUAAUCCACAACCACCUGAGACUAAUAAUGACGAAGCACUCAAUGAAAGCACCAGUCCAGAACAACCUGAAAACACAAAUACCAACGAAAACCGUGCCCCAAAUAUGAGUAUUGAUGAGAGAGAUGAAGUAGUUAGUGUUGCUAGUAGUAACAGCAGUGGAAGUAGUAGUAGUUCUGAAAAUGAAGAUGCUAGACCAUUUAGAAAUGCUCGAAGAGUCAUGUUUGCACAUCUUCCUAGUCAGACUAGAAGUCCAAGUAGAAGAAGUAAUUCAAGACUCCACCCAUAUACCAGACCUCAACUGGAAGAAUGA